AUGCCUAUGACGCGUACUAGUCUCCGCACUCGAGGCGCGAUGAACGAGAACGAUGAGAACGGCCCCGCGGCGCGUGUUACGCGGGCCAAGGUCGCCGCUCUUAGCACAGACGGUGCCGUUGAUGCAGUGAAGAAGCCGAUGCAGACCAAGCGGACUACCGCAGCCACCACGCGAGCCCCUCGCCCUGCUCUUGGCGAUGUCAGCAACUUCAAGAACGAUGGCGAUGCCGCUGCCACCAAGGGCGGCAAGAAGGCCAGCACAGCGAAGGGUCAAGUCGCCACAAAGCCACAGGGUGGUGUGCAGAAGCCAACACGAAACAAGGAUAGCCGAGCACCCAAUUCCGGACCUCGUCCCGCUACAAAGAAGCCCGAGGUCAAGCAACGGCCAGUCAGUGGCGCCGGGGCUAUCACCAACCACAAACGCCCAUCGGACAAGAAGGCGGAAGCUCAGGAGGAGCCCCCUUUGAAGAAGCAGAACUCUCGGUCGAAGGAAAAGAUCACAAUUAUUGAAGAAGUGGAAGAGAAGGUGCUGUCGGGUGAAAAGCCCCUCGACCUGGACACUGAGGACUUGGAUGACCCAUUGAUGGCCGCGGAAUACGUUGUGGAGAUUUUCGACUAUCUCAAAGACCUCGAGCUAGUGACUCUGCCUAACCCUGAGUACAUCGACCACCAGCCGGAUUUGGAGUGGAAGAUGCGUGGCAUUUUGGUCGACUGGUUAAUUGAGGUUCACACACGAUUCCGUCUUCUUCCCGAGACUCUGUUCUUGGCUGUCAAUAUCAUCGACCGCUUCCUGUCCGCCGAGGUUGUUGCUCUCGAUCGUCUCCAGCUUGUUGGUGUCACCGCCAUGUUCAUCGCUUCCAAGUAUGAGGAGGUCCUUUCUCCCCACGUCGCCAACUUCAGCCACGUCGCCGAUGAGACCUUCUCUGAUAAGGAAAUCCUCGAUGCUGAGCGCCACGUUCUCGCUACCCUGGAGUACAACAUGAGCUUCCCCAACCCCAUGAACUUCCUGCGUCGUAUCUCCAAGGCCGACAACUACGACAUCCAAACCCGAACCCUGGGCAAGUACCUUAUGGAAAUUAGCCUCCUCGACCACCGAUUCAUGGGCUUCCCCCAGAGCCAGAUUGCUGCCGCCUCUAUGUACUUGGCUCGUUUAAUUCUUGAGCGUGGUCCUUGGGAUGCCACUCUCUCUCACUACGCCGGGUACACUGAGGAGGAGAUUGAUCCGGUCUUCCGCCUGAUGAUCGACUACCUCCACCGCCCUGUCUCCCACGAGGCCUUCUUCAAGAAGUAUGCCAGCAAGAAGUUCUUGAAGGCCUCUAUCUUGACACGCCAGUGGGCCAAGAAGUAUCACAGCAUGUACAUUGACAGUUCGCUCUCGGAGCCGUACACUUAUAUCAAGGACAGCGAACAGUAA